AUACCCUUAGGCAAAACCGAUUUUCAAGUUUUGAAGUCUUUUCAUAGACCACAUGCCAGAAGGAACGAAGAAGGAGCCUCGCGCGCCUCUGAAGAAGGCUCUCACGGGGGCCACGGGCCGCCGAUCUCGUAUGGACACGCAGGUGUCGAUCCGAAAGGCUAGAAAGGAAGAUGGGUACAACCAGCGCCGCAAUCUGGCCGCGCAAGCCAAGGCCCAAGCGGAAAAUCGACCGCAGGAAAGGUCGCUGCUCAUCGAGCAGCUGGCGUCGCGCAGUCAGACGCUGUUGGUGGGAUUGCAGCAUCCAGACAAGGAAGUACGUCGAAAGAGUUUGCGCGCGUUUGUGUACCUCAUGAGCUCUGGAGUACCACCGUUGUUCGACGACGGUGAUCCGCAGCAUGUCCCGUUGUGGCAUACCAUCGCGACGGCCGUCCCAUUCUUCGUCAGCACCCUAGACCUCCCCGACGUGCCGAUGCAGUCCGACGCAGCCUUUGCGCUUCGCUUCAUCUCGUCCAUGGAUCGAUCGAACCUGGUUAUCGAAGGCGGUGCGCUUCCAAAGCUCGCGGUGCUGCUGCAGUGCGGCAUUUCCGAGCUGCAAAUCCAGGCAGCGUGGUGUCUCGGUAACGUCGCUAGCGAGUCCAAAGCGUGCUGCGAAGCCGUGGUGCACAUCUGUCCACCGAUCCAAGUCAUCCCGCACAUCCGGCUGAGCACGCCGUCUCUCCGCCGCGCCGCCGUGUGGCUUUUGCGCAGCAUGAUCGACAUGACAGACCUGCUAGCGACCAUGCAAGUGCUCACGCCUCAGUUUGAACUCGAACUCGUGACCGUCCUGGGCAACGUGAUCAAGCAGCUGGUACAGGAGCGGGCCAAACUGUGGGCCAAAGACAAGGACAAGGCAGUUCCGUCGGCCGCGCCGUGGCGCCUCUUUGAGUUCCAAACCGGCAAACCCGCCCCCAACGACAUUGCCGUCGUCCGGCUGCUUCGCGACAUCGACGACACCACCGUCGAGGUCGUGGAUGUGGAUGUGAACUUUGAGACGGGCGAAAACGUCACGUUCCGCGCCGCGCGGUCGACGCUCCGGCCGCUGCAAGCGAUCGAAGACGUGUUUGACGAAGACGGGGACGACGAGGACGCGUCCUCCGCGCAGGACGCCGAGACCCUCUCGCUGGACGAGCGGGCACUGACGCUGUGCGACUCGACGUGGGCUGUAGUUGAAGUCACGCAGCACAACGUGGCGGUGCUGGCCGUGCUGCAGUCCACGGGAGUGUUUGCCAAGCUGGUUGAGGCGCUGCACAUGUACUCGUCGCCGCUCGUGUUGUCGCCGGUGCUGCGUCUCCUGGGCUACGUCAUCUCCCACGACGAAGCGUACGUGCAAGUGGUGCUGGACGCGGGGCUGUUGGCGGCGUGCCCCCGCGUGCUGCAAAACUCGAGCCGGUCGAUCCGCGAAGAAGCGUGCUGGCUGCUGUCCAACUUGGCGGGUGGAACCGUUCAACAUAUGACGGCGGUGCUCGAAGCCCCGGGGGUAGUGACAAGUGUGGUGGAGCAACUCACGUGGGCCGAGUACAGCGUCAAGCGCGAGGCGGGGUGGGCGGUGUGCAACCUGCUCGUGAACGCGAACGCCGUCGUGGCCGCCGAGCUGGUCCGUCUGGACGUCUUGUCGUCGCUCUCGACGCUACUGGACGAGUACGAAGACCCGAGCUUGGAGCUCGUGAUCCUCGAAGCCAUCAGCGCCGUGCUCGACAAGGGCCACGACGAAGCCAAGGUGGCCGUGGAGGAGAGCGGGUGCUUGAAGUGCGUCGAGAACCUGUGCUACGCCGCCAACGAACAAGUGAGCGCCGCCGCGUCGCACAUUAUCGACACGUGGUUCGACGGGGUGCUCGAUGACGACGUCGACGCCGAGCUGGCGCCGGCGGCCGUGGAUGAAGCCACCAACACCCUUGCGUUUCAACCGGCCACGACUCCGUUCCAGUUUGGCGGGCAGUAAGUAGGAGGACAACCAACUAACCUCCUGUCUGCCAUGUAUAACAAAUAAAGCCCCCGUUUAUUCGCA